AUGGAGAUCAAAUUCGAUGUUGGUGACAAAGUGUUCUUGAAAGUAUCCCCAACGAGAGGAGUCGUAUGGUUUGGCGUGAAGGGUAAAUUGAAACCGCAUUUUGUAGGGCCGUACGAGAUUGUUGACGAAGUAGGUCUUGUAGCGUACCGCUUGGCGUUAUCUUCUGGUUUUGGGAAUGUGCACAACGUGUUCCAUGUGUCGCAGUUGUGCAAGUAUGUGUUCGAUCCCAAGCAUGUGAUUCGUCAAAAAGAGGUUGUCUUGAUCCCCAACAUGAGCUACGAGGAGAGACCCGAAGCGAUCCUAGAUCAAAAGGAGACCAUGGUUGUGAUGUCAUUUUUGAAGCAUGAAUACGUGUUGAAAGCAUGA